CCCAGCUCAGGGGCGGGCAGGGGGUGUGGGGAAGGCCGCAACUGAGAGGCCAGAGAGGAAGCUCCUUCUGGAGGAAGUGAGCCGCCGGCCUCCCACCUCCUGGCCUGGCCCCCGAACCCCCCAGAAGAACCCCGAACCCAGGACCACCCCUCGUGCCCCGUAGGCCUUGGUUUCCUGCCUGGAGAAAGCGGCCGGGUGAGCUCUGGCGUCGGGGCCACCGUCCUUAAGUGCUGGGGGGCACGGAGGGAGGGGCCCGACACCACCCGGGAGCGGAGGCCGCCUGGGUGAGGGUGUCGCUGAAGUGAGACCUGGAGUCCCCACGGCAGCUCUGCUGCCCCUGCUCAGAGGUGGGUCAGCGUCCUUCCUGUUCUAGGGAGGAGUUGCCACCCCCGAACUUCAGCCCCUCUGUCUCCAGGUGAAGAAACUGAGGCCCCGGGGCCAGGAAGGGGCUUGCCCAGGCUGCUGAACCCUUUGGGCAGCAUCGAGUCCAGGCCUUCCUUAUAAGCACGCGUCAGGACCAGAGAGGGCAGGGGGUUUGCCCAAGGCCACACAGCCUGAGUGAGGAGGAGCUGGCCUGGGGCAGGGCUUCCUGAUGCCCAGGUCGGGCGCUUUCGUCUUCUCUGGCCGUGGCCCUCAGCUUGGGGAUUAAGGGACUGGGAGUCAGUUCUACUGUCUGUGUUCCCCAUCACCCCACGCUGCAGGCCACGAUGCAGUCCGGCGCCCCCCGCCCCAGGCUGGCUGCCAGUCUGACACAGGUGGCCGAGCAAAUGCCUCCGUCUCCCACAGCUCUGGGGGCUCCCUGCUGUGGUCACCAACAUCUGCCGUGUGACCCCACCCCCCACCCCCAGGUCUGAUUGAGUUUGAAAACACCGAGAAGACGGGGGGCUGCAGAGAGAGGAAGGAGGGGGCCAGAAGCCGCCAGCAGAGCCGGCGAAGCCUCCGCGGGAGAGGAAGUGGCCCGGGGGGCAGGAAGGAGGCUGGGGCGGCCCCUGUCUUGGCACGUGGCGAGCCCAGCCUUCUGCCUGUAACGAGGAUGAGGAAGAUGAACAGGGCCUCUGUCAACCCUGAGCCUUCCGGUUUAUGGGAUGGGAGAUGUCACCUGCUGCGUCUUCACCCCAGCCAGCCCCACACGGGCCGGCCGGGAAGGUUCCCCUUGAGCUGUACCCGCUUUGUCCUGACGUCUGGGGUAGGGUGGGGGUGCAUGGAUAGGAGGGCGGGGGCCGCAGGAUGGCGACGGGCGGCCGCUCUGCCCCUGCCUGGGGAAGGGCUGCGUCCCCACCGAGCCUUCGCGCAGCUGCGCCCUCCCCCUCUGCCUUUUUCUACCCCGUCACCCAGCGAGGGUUGGCUCAAGGCCUCGUUCUCACGGGGCCCGUACCCUGCCUAGGCUGGUGCUCGGUGACAUGUCCCCGGAGCCCGGCUUCCACCCUCCUUCUGUGCCUCUAGGUUUAGAGGACAUGCGUUUGGGGCUUCUCGGACCGUGACACCCUCUCCCGCAUCCUCCGUACAGGCGAUGGAGCUGGAGUCCUUGUAUGAUCUGCUGCAGCUCCCCAAGGGCAUGGAGCCCCCGGCCGCGGAGGAGCUCCCACAAGGAGGAAAGAAGAAAUACCUGCCACCCACUUCCCGGAAGGACCCCAGAUUUGAAGAACUGCAAAAGGUGCUGAUGGAGUGGAUCAACGCCACUCUCCUCCCAGAGCACAUCGUGGUUCGCAGCCUGGAGGAGGACGUGUUCGACGGCCUCAUCCUGCACCACCUGUUCCAGAAGCUGGCAGCGCUCAAGCUGGAAGCAGAGGACAUCGCCCUGACAGCCGCCAGCCAGAGGCACAAGCUCACAGUGGUGCUGGAGGCCGUGAACCGGAGUCUGCAGCUGGAGGACCGGCAGCCCAAGUGGAGUGUGGAGACCAUCUUCAACAAGGAUCUGCUGUCCACCCUGCACCUCCUUGUGGCCCUGGCCAAGCGCUUCCAACCCGACCUGUCCCUCCCAGCCAACGUCCAGGUGGAGGUCAUCACCAUUGAGAGCACCAAGAGUGGUCUGAAGUCAGAGAAGUCGAUGGAGCAGCUCACUGAAUGCAGCACAGACAAGGACCAGCCUCCGAAGGACGUCUUUGAUGAAUUAUUUAAGCUGGCUCCGGAGAAAGUGAACGCAGUGAAAGAGGCCAUCGUGAACUUUGUCAACCAGAAGCUGGACCGCCUGGGCCUGUCUGUGCAGAAUCUGGACACCCAGUUUGCAGAUGGGGUCAUCUUACUCUUGCUGAUUGGACAACUUGAAGGCUUCUUCCUGCACUUAAAGGAAUUCUAUCUCACGCCCAGCUCUCCCGCAGAAAUGCUGCACAACGUCACCCUGGCGCUGGAGCUGCUGAAGGAGGAGGGUCUGCUUAGCUGCCCCGUCAGCCCUGAAGACAUCGUGAACAAGGACGCCAAGAGCACUCUGCGGGUGCUGUACGGCCUGUUCUGCAAGCACAGACAGCAGGCACACAGGGGCACGACGCCCCAGGGAGCCCCGAAUUGACCCUCGUCGGCCCCACAGCCUGCCUGCAAGCCCAGUCGGAGGCUCCGAGGCUGCAGGGGUCCUCCCACAGUCCCACUGUUCUCUGUGUGUUCGCGACCCAUUUCCCUCCCACCCCACCUCCUGUCUCCGUCAUCGGAUUAUCUUUGAACCCCCUCGAGUGGAUCAUGUUGAGCUGCCUGGCCUUGCUCAGUUUAUUUUAAUAAAAGUAUUGCUGG